UUUCCAUUCCAGACAUUUCUAAUCUGUGGAUGCAUAAAUGGAAUCUUGAUGACUGUUACACCAAUGUUACAUCUUAUUAAAUCAAGUUCCCCGUGCAUUCUCUGGACGGUCCUCCUUGUCCUGAUUGUUCCACAGAAAAUAAUGACUAGUUGUUUGUUCACGGCAUCGUCACUCUUCAUCAAUAACUCAUCACCACCUCACAUGGCGGGCUCCGUCAAUGGUAUCGCCACCACUUCCACAGCUAUUGCGAGGACCUUGGCACCCACAAUAGGAGGCAGUAUAUUCGCAUGGUCUAUAGAGAACAAUCUAGAAGCACCGUUUGAUGUCAACCUGUCUUUCUUUAUGUUUGGAUUCAAUUUAUGGUUGAUCAGUAUAUAUAGUUUAUUUAUGCCAGAGUCUCUUAACAGAAAAAAGACCUAAUCAAGCAAAAUACAGACAUUUUUAUGGAAAAUGGAAU